AGGCAGAUACCAAAUAUUGUUAGACCAAUACUUGAAGGUGUUGCUUACUUGCAUGUUUUAGAAAUAGUUCAUAGAGAUUUAAAACCUGAAAAUUUAUUAUUUAAUGAUAAAUAUAAGAUUUUGAAAUCUAAAAAAUCUGUUUUUGACUGUGAACACUUGGAUUUAAUAGAUAAAAUGUUAAUUUAUGAUACUUUAAAGAAAAUAACAGCCAAGGAAGUAUUGAAACGUUUUUUGUUUAAAUCAUCUAAAAUUGAAGAUUUCACGAAACAAGUAAAUACUCAUUUAAGCAAUAAAGUGAUUCGCACACCACUAGCUCCUUCUGAAACUUUUUCAGAUGAUCCACUACGUAUUUUACGGUGUAUAAGAUUUGCUAGUAGGUUUGGCUUUAAAAAUGCAUUGAAAACAAAAGUUUCACAUGAAAGAAUUGGAAUAGAACUUGAUAAUGCUAAAAAUCAUUUGACCACUUUAAUUAAAUUGCCUUUAGAACAUAUCAACAACAACACUACCAUUCACCAGUGUCAUAAUAACAAUAAAUUAUUAACAAAAUUUCGGUAUCAGUCUUACACUGUUGUUACUAACACUAAUAAUAGCGUUAGAAACAAUCUUACUCGCAAAUCUAUUAUUACUUGUGUUAGUAACAACAGGGAAGGAAAAAGACCCAUUUUCAGCUCCAAGAGAGAAAUCGAAUCAAUGGCAACAACAACAGAGAUUCGAUUAACUGAAGAAGAAAAUAAAUUAAUAGAUUUAUUGAAGGAAGUAACUGAAUAUAUGAAAAAAGAAUGUCCGGAACUUCCUCAUGUGCAACUUAGAAUAGCUGGUGGUUGGGUUCGAGACAAAUUGCUAGGAUAUGAAUGUGCAGAUUUGGAUGUGGCGAUUGAUAAAAUGAUGGGAGUAAAAUUUGCAGAACAAGUGAUAAAUUAUUUGGUGAAAUUUAAGGACUAUGAUGAAAAAUUUACACGUUUUCACAAAAUUGAUGUUAAUCCUCAGAAAUCAAAGCAUUUGGAAACUGCCACAACAAAAAUCUUUAAUUAUAUGAUCGAUUUUGUAAAUCUACGAAAAGAAUCUUAUGGUGAAUUAACAAGAACUCCAACUAGUAUUUCACUUGGAACACCCGAGGAAGAUGCAUUUCGUAGAGAUAUAACAAUAAAUGCAUUAUUUUACAACAUUCACACCAAAGAAAUUGAAGAUUUCACGAAACAAGUAAAUACUCAUUUAAGCAAUAAAGUGAUUCGCACACCACUAGCUCCUUCUGAAACUUUUUCAGAUGAUCCACUACGUAUUUUACGGUGUAUAAGAUUUGCUAGUAGGUUUGGCUUUAAAAAUGCAUUGAAAACAAAAGUUUCACAUGAAAGAAUUGGAAUAGAACUUGAUAAAAUGAUUAAAGGUCCAGAUCCAACAUAUUCAAUUCAAUUGAUAAAUCAAAUGAAUUUAUACAACACAAUAUUUUAUUCACCACCUGGAAUAUCAUCUGGAACCAAAAAAAACCCAGAUAUUUCCAUUCAACUUUAUAUCAGAUCAUUGUAUUUAGCAGCAUAUUUAUUCCCAUUUAAAGAUUUAAUGUACAAAGAAAAAUCAAAAGAAAAGCCCGUGAUUUAUUAUUUGAUUCAUGAAUGCUUAAAGCAAAGAAAUUUGGAUGCAAAAGAAACCGAAAGAAUUUUUUUAGCAAUAGAUCCUAUAACUGAUGCACUACGAAAAAAUUUCAAUACUCCAUUAACCAGAUCUUCACUCGGUAUGUUGAUUUGUGAUUAUGCUAAUUCAGAAUGGAGGAAAAUCUUGGUUUUUGUAUUUGCUAUUGAAUUAUUAUCAAAAUUUAAGGAAUUGGAAAUGGGUGAAGGACCUGAUAUAAAAAAAGUAUUAAGAUCAGUUAUGGAAUGGCAAUUAGAGAAUCCAGAAGGUACACCAGAAGAAUGUAAACAGUUUAUUUUACAAUGA